AUGUCCAGGUCGCAGCCGACCGAACCCGUCGCCGUGAGCAACGACGAAGAAGGGCCUUCGCCAGCACAGGAGCGUGCUUUGCAACAUGCGGUCGCGGCGAAGAAACGGGGUAUACCCCAGAAACUGUAUGACUGCCUCACAUAUGUGCCUUCGCGAUGUCGAUACGAUCCCGAGAAUCCAUUCAAGUUUUCAAUGGGAUUGAAUGUACUGUUUGCGUUCGCCGGAUGCUUCACGGUCGCGAACCUCUACUAUACCCACCCCAUUCUCAACCUCCUGGCAGACGAUUUCCAUGUCACCGGUGAACAAGCCUCCUAUAUUCCCACCCUCGCACAAGCCGGAUAUGCAGGGGGAUUGUUAUUCUUGUGUCCGUUGGGAGACCUGGUCAAGAGAAGGCCGUUUGUCCUAUGGCUGGUUUGGUUCACGGCGACACUCUGGAUCGGGCUUUGUGUGACCAACUCGUUCGCCGCUUUCGGCGCCAUCUCCUUCAUCACCAGCGUCACCACGGUCACACCGCAGCUGAUGCUCCCUCUGGUGGGCGACAUGGCGCCUCCACACCGUCGCGCUACGUCGCUCUCGAUCGUCGUGUCGGGCAUGCUGUUAGGGAUGCUCAUGGCUCGGCUCCUGUCCGGCGUGGUGGCGCAAUACAUCGGAUGGCGGUACAUCUACUGGAUCUCGUUCGGGCUGCAAUAUGUGAUUUUGUUUCUGCUGUACCUGUACAUGCCGGACUAUCCAUCCACGAACCCGGGCGAGGUGAUCUGGAAGAAAUAUCCGUUUCUGCUCUGGGACAUCCUGAAGCUGGUCGCCGAGCACCCCGUGCUGGUGCAAGCGUGCCUCGUGGGGCUCUUCACCGCCACCAUAUUCACGAACUACUGGACCACUCUGACCUUCCUCCUCGCCGGCCCUCCUUACCAUUACAGCUCCCUGGUCAUUGGGCUCUUCGCGCUGAUCGGCAUCGGGAGCAUGACGUGGGGUCCCAUCUUCGCCAGGACCGUCAUGGAGAAACACCAGCCUCUGUUCUCCGUCAUCAUCGGCGAGCUGUUCUGUCUGGUCGGCGUCCUCGUCGGCACAUACACCGGCAAGUUCACCAUAGCCGGACCCAUCAUCCAGGCCGUUGCCAUCGACAUCGGCCUGCAAACCAGCCAGAUUGCCAACCGUACCGCAAUCUAUGGGGUCGCGCCACUGGCCAGGAAUCGCGUCAACACUGCCUACAUGGUCAGUGUUUUUGUCGGACAACUGAUUGGCACUGCGGUCGGCAAUCACCUUUACGCCGAUGGCGGCUGGACGUCCUCUGGGUCUGCUAGUGUCGGCUUCGUCGUUGCGGCGCUGGUGGUCUGUUGCUUGAGAGGGCCGCAUGAGAAAGGCUGGCUCGGCUGGCGAGGAGGAUACAAUAUGCGGAAACACGUGCCGAGAAAGCCGGACAAGGUUGAAAAGGAUCAAGAGGCCGCUCAUGGCCGCCGAGGAGAACCUCAACCUCGACCAUUCGUCCAAGAGGGGUUCGAGCAGCAAGAGAAGGAGUUGGAGGUGCGGAUCCAGAGUGAUGGUCUUGCCGUCGACAAUUCCUCGUCACAGCGCAUUCUGAGCGAGGAGAUCCAGGCCCCGCCGCAGAAGGCGUGA